AUGGAGUACUUCUCGCCCAUCCUUCCCCUGGCUCUGAGCCUCGUCGCCUCUGUAGAGGCCCUGCCCCAGGUAGCGCCUCGGUGCUCGCACAACAACUGUCUGCGUGCCGUUAUCGCAGGUUCCUUUCCGAACCGUCCCACCCAGGCCGACUGCUCGUCGUUCCUCCGGAAGACUGUCACGCCCGCCGCAUACACCCAAGUCGCUACCGAGCUGGAGACGAUCACUGUCUUGGAGACUGUCGACGUCGCGACCCAGACCAUCACCGCCACGGUCACCGCGGACCCUGCCAUCAUCAAGCGCGACAAUGGCAUCGACCAGCAGGAAAAACGCCAAGUGACCGUCCACCCGUCCGUCAUGCCAACCUACGCUACCGCCUGCCGCAGCGUUGAGGCCUACUCGUCGGCCUGCUCCUGCAUCGGCAUCAGCCCGACCACCGUCACCGAGGCGACACCGACCGUCACGGUCACCUCCACCUCGAUAGUCACCGCCUCAACCACCAUCGGCCUGGUCGAGACUGUGACGACGACGGGAACCGUGGCCGUCACUGACACCGAGUCCCGCACCGUGACCGCCACCACCACCAAGACCGUGGUGGCCUUUCCUCCUUGGGAGACCUUUGUCGUCCGCGCCGUCGGCGGCCGCGUCAAUGGACAAUUCGUCUACUCGUGGCAGUAUGACUCGAACAGGAAUUCCUUCUUCCAGGCCUUUACUAGUCGCGCGGGUGCUACGCAGUACCACAUGAGCUCUCCCGCCAGCAACGCCCUGAUGACGGAACAGAACACACGUUUUGGCGCGCUGGACGUCUCAAGGGCCCAAGGCGCGUUUGGUGCGACCUGGAUGGCCGACGUGGCUAUCCGUCAACGAGAUUCCCUCGUGGCACUGGGCUGCCACAUCUCCGAGGACGACUGGGAGCUCAAGUGCGCCUACAACGCGGACCAGAAUUCCUGGCGCACAGGACGAUUCAAGCCAGGAUUCGAGACGUUGCGGAAUGCCCGCCUCGUCUGCCGCGACUGGGACCGUGCCGCCAGUUCACAUCUUUUCCGCAUCCUGCAUCUGAAGUAUGGCUCAGCCUGCGAAGCCGGGAGAGCCCUGUUUACCAAGUGGCACCACACCGUCGAUCUCGAGGUUGUGAAGUGCGCUGCUCGACGUGUCAUUAUCGAUGCCGCACCCAAACAAACAUUCGCAGGCCCUCCCGAUGAGAUCCCUCCCGGUUGGGCAGAAAAAGCCGAGGCCAUGUUCGACCUGUCUAACCUCAACGCCGUCGAGAUCCAUCUUGGCAGGAACUGCCCUGACGAACAAGUCGAUCAGGAGCCUGAUUACUGGAAUCACUGGGUCGCUUCUUGCGAGGACCGCGUAACGCGCCAGAACGGCCUCAAGGCAGUAUUCCGCGCUAUUCAAGGGCGCAAGCUGGGCGGACAAGAGAGAAGCACCGUCACCUGUCGGGCAUUGAACAAUCUCCAAAGCAUCACCGACAAGGAAUUUGAAGCCUCUAGUCUCUUUCAGAGCGUCAUCGUGGACAUUCGGCAGCUACAUCUUCACGUGAAGUAUGAACAUGAUGAGGACGGGAUCAAUUAUGAUUUCGAAACAGACCUGCAGGCCGGCCUGCUAUCCUCCCUGUCCAGCCAGCUCACAGCUCUGACGCUGUCAUUCAACCAAGAAUGGGGCACCAUGCCCGGUGUCUUCAGUGGCUCGGGUCUGCAUUUUCCCAGCCUUCAGACCCUUCGUUUACGGUUCUUUACCAUUUCCCACGACAGCCACUUCGACUGGGUACUGCGCAUGCCAGCUCUCAAGGCUCUAUAUCUUUCCCAAACCAGGAUCAUGACGCACGCAGCAGUUAAACACGAGUUCAUCCAUACUUUGAACCUACAGAUCCACAACUGGGAGCGGCUCCCACUCGGCGCCUAUGGCUUCAAACGCCCUAACUAUGUAUUCUUCACGUACUGCGGACGUUAG